GCCAUAAUAUUUGGGUGGGGGUUUUGUUGGAAAUCGCGCUUUUAUUCGCGCGCUCACAAACCCACGCGCUGUUUUGGGGCAAGAGUAAACAAACAUAGCGCGAAAACUGUACACACGAAAAAUUUGGCUGCGAGGGAUGGCUGACCGAGCAGGCUACACAUAAACACACCAGGCAACGUAACAUACAUCCCUUAAUCAGCGAUUUUUAUUCCUCCCCUAACUCCCCAAGGAUCAUCCCUCAUUCAUAAUUUGCAUAGCAUGAACGUCACUGGCUCCAGACCUGCUUUGACCCCGAUCAAGCAGUCGAACCUCAACAUCCAAGCGUCACCGUUCCGCAAGCUCACACCGGGAAAGCCCAAUGAUCCCCAGCUUAGUACGCCCUUCUGUGGAGUCAAGACUUUGGGUUCCAAGGAGAGAGCCGCCAAGUUAAAGGCCCGCUUGCAAAAGGCCUUGAUCCGGCUCCAAGAUAAGGAUGCCAAAGCGGCGUCUCCAGAGACCCUCCAUGGGCCCGCUUUGUCCACUUUCACCACCAAUGGAGCCCCCGUGCACUUAACCCCGCUCGUAAAACGGGCUAUAGACGGCGAAUUGAUGGCUCUCGCGUCCUCCACACCAUUGCCACCGUCCGGGCUCUUCACCAAACAGCUCUCGGCAGCCAAGCGUUCAGUUAGCUUCCUCGACGAGCCGCUUCUGAACAGCGCGGAGACGGUCCAGCGUGCACAGCGCAUCUCGUCAGGCGGUGCGGGUGGUGCAUACGAGCGCCUCUCUACAUACUUGAAGUUGAAGCCGCUGUUAAGACCGGCGCACGCACUUGGCAGCAAGCCGCGGGCGCAGAUCAGCCAGGAGUACUUCCUCGCAGCAGCGCAGGCAGGCGACAUAACCGCGCAGCCGCGCAGAGCCUCGAAAAAGGCGCUCAAUCGUAUCUACAAGAAGGCAUCUCCGUAUCAUGUGCCUGCACAAAAGAUGCAUUCGUUGGCGACGCCGGCGACGUCAACACCGGAGAACAAAGACUUGCCGCGGCUUCAGUUGCCGUCCUUUGCGGAGAUUACACAGCGGUUCGAGAGCAACCUCCAGUACGCGUCAAAGGCCGCCAACAAUCAGCUCCCAACGCCUUUGGCCGAGAAAACCUCGCUCCCAAGUCUCUCCGCACAGUUUGGUAGCGACUUUACUCUCAACAACCCCAUGGUCAUGUCCAAAUUGGGCGCCGCCCGCCUCCCGCAGUUCCUGGAAACUGCCAAGGGUGUGGCGUUGCCGCCGUUGUUAGGCGCGGAAAGGGCCCUGUACGCGCAGUACCAGAUGAUUACGCCCGUCAAGAAGCGUUCUCCAUGCCGCGAACGCGGCAGCGACGAUACGAUUGGCGAGAGCAUGAUUUUGUCGAGUCCCACGCGCCUUUUGACCACUCCCUCCUCUAUGGGUGCUGCCAGGUCUUUGUUACAGCUUGCAUUCCCACGGUAAUCCCCACACAUUUUAUAAUUCGUCUUUAGACUCUGCAUCCAUGACCAGUUCAUGUUCAUAGUACACUGGUUUCACGCCAAAUUUUCGGCCUGGCGAUGCUUGCAUCUCUACUACUCGUACUUUGUUUCCAGUUUAAUUCAUAAUAUCCAUACUAAAAGAAUAGUCGGAUAUUGAAAACUGGCUUCCGUUGCUUAAACGCUCAGUACGAAAUCUGUGGCUAGUUUGAUGCCAACACUAAUUCAAUAUUUGUUCUAUCUUCAACCGUAUGCCACUGCACUUUGGCAUACAAUUAUAAGCUGGUACUAAUUGAGCGCUUUCCUACUCAAUUGAUUGCUAUUCUGA